AGUAAAUCCGUAUCAUAUCACAGUGUUCUACUGUCAAUUUCGCACACACAGCCGUAUCGUUGUGUUUACCAGUAAACAAACAUGGCUGGCAGGGAUUGAUACGGUUAUCAAUACACUUCAGAAAUCCAGGCACACCAUCUUGAAGGUAUUACAAAAUGGCUUCUGUGAAGGACUCUCGUUCCCACCAGAAGUUAAUAGAAUGCUUCCAAAAACUGGGACUGAAUGCUACAGAAGCAGAGAUUUUCCAAGUAGAAUUAUGCAUGGUUUUCUCCGAUUCAAAGAAAUCGAUAGAGGUCACAGACACCAUCAAAGAGCUGCAAAAUAUGACUUUCGACUAUGGAGAUGUAUUUCACAAACUUGCCAUUGCAAUUAGUAUUGCUUCUAAGGUAGCUAGGGUUUCUCCUUCAACUGCAGGACUUACCACUACAUUCUCUGUUUUGUCAAAUUUAUUUUUACAACUUGGAAACACAAUGAAAACGACUGUUCCAAAAGCAGCUAAGGACGAUGCCUAUGCUGCUAUUGAACGCUAUCAGGAUUCAGAAUUAAGAGCGGAUGCCAAAGGUUUAGAAAAACUGUUUUUCAAUACAAAUGCCUAUCUAAGUUGCAUAAAAUCAAAUGCCCCUAAGAGUCUGGUAAACAGAUUAGAGGAUAAAUACCCAACAAAUGAUGCUGUGAGGUUUCUUGGUAAAUUAAUGGCGAAAAUAGAAGAAGUUCUGCAUUCGGGUAUAAAAUCCGCCCGAAGAGCAUCAGCGUAUAUAAAUUUGUAUUCUAGACUUGCAGUACUCCGAUCAUUGGUUUUAUGGCAAUUGUUCGUCAUUAAAUAUUGCAGUGGUUCUGAUCAGUCCAGUACCCAAGGCGUUCACGCCAUGAUCAACGAAAGUUAUAAGUCAGACCUCGAAGUGGUGAAAUUUGUUACUGAAUCAAAAUUUGAAAAAGCUGUAUUUUUGACUAUUUUCAACCCAUCAGAAAAUGAACAUUUCCUUCAUCUUCUUCGAGUAAACCAAAUUCGGAUUCCAUGUUUAGGUCAGGAUAAACAGUUCUUUACACAAACUCAUUUGAUUCGUUCGUCCAAUUGGCCAACAUGGAAAAUGGAAAUAUCAAAACAUGGCGGGCCUAUUGGUGGAAGCAAUAAAAGAUCUGACGCCUGUGAAUUAAAUUUGGAGCCAGUAAAAUCCCGAAAUCUUGACAACAUAUUUUACAUUAGAUCGAAAAGGAAGCCCUCGAGUUACAUCUACUUUGGUCCUAAAUUUGGGUUUUGUUGGUCUGUCUCAAAGCGACCUGGUCCUGAAGGACAAUGGAAGGUCAUCAAGCUAGAAGCAGAUAGCGGCAUGCCUCAAUACCUUAUUUCCCCUCUUCAGUGCCCAUGCUAUUUUAUAUACAUGACUUCAACACCAAGAGGAUACGUGAGGGGCUCGACUGAUCUAAAGGUCAUAAAGGAACAGGGAUUGUGGGAAAUUCUUGAUAUAUAGCUUACGACCGAGACGUUAAAAUAGACAACACAAAAACCUGAACAGCGUAGAGUUUUGCUUGUUCAAUCAAUUUUUUUUGGCUUUUUAGAGAAGUACACUCCACACUUUUUGUAACCAUUACACUUUUUUCUUGAGCAACUUAAAUAUUAAA